GAUAUAGCCCCAUUUGUCUUUCUGUUUUGCUCGGUCGUAGUAUCGGCCAGCGAAAAAAUCCAAUUGAUUCUUGAAUCAAGUUAAGCAACUGAUUAGUACAAAGCCAACGUGACAAUAAUCCAACCAUGUGUCGGGAUAGUGCGUGCAUUUAAGUUUUCAUUCAUCGUUCAUCUUGGCAAGGCUCUCUCUCUAUAUACACGCAACGUGACCCCGAAAGCUGUCCCCGCGCGCACACUUUCACUUUACCCUGCUCCACGACUUCCAGCCACCUCAACAACAACACAACGAACAAAUAACCUAGCAUAAACAAAUUAUUGUGCAAUACUAUCUAGUUAAAAUAUAACUUAAAAGCAUGUCUGCGCAGGAAAAGGUCAUUCGAGUGGGGUCGCGAAAGAGCGAGCUGGCUCUCAUUCAAACCAAACAUGUCAUCGGCCGACUCCAGAAACUGUAUCCCAAGCAGAGGUUCGAGAUACACACCAUGUCGACGUUCGGGGAUCGUGUGCUCAAUGUUUCACUGCCCAAAAUUGGUGAAAAAAGUCUGUUUACCCGCGAUCUGGAAGAUGCCCUGCGGAAUGGUGGUGUGGAUUUUGUGGUUCACUCGCUGAAGGAUCUGCCAACCGCUCUGCCCACAGGCAUGGCCAUCGGAGCAGUCCUAGAGCGCGAGGAUGCACGAGAUGCUCUGGUGCUACGAGAUAAUUUUCAAGGCCACACAAUAGCCUCUCUGCCGCAGGGGAGUGUGAUUGGCACCUCCUCGUUACGUCGCACUGCACAGAUCCGACGGCUGUAUCCCCAUUUGAUCGUUUGCGAUAUCCGGGGGAAUCUGAACACUCGACUGGCAAAACUCGAUGCCGCAGACUCCAAGUUUGCGGGCAUUAUACUCGCCCAGGCGGGUCUCGUGCGGAUGGGAUGGAUGAGCCGCAUCAGCCAGGUGCUGGAGCCCACCGAUCUCCUCUAUGCCGUCGGACAGGGCGCCCUGGCCGUCGAGUGUCGUGCGAACGAUGUCCAGGUGCUGGGAAUGCUGCAGAAACUGAUGUGCCUGAAUACCACAUGCCGCAUUCUGGCGGAGCGGAGCUUCCUCAAGACAUUGGGCGGCGGCUGCUCUGCACCGGUGGCUGUUUGGAGCAAACUUCAGGGCGAACCGUUGAAUGCCAGCAGCCAGGAUGUGGAUCUGUCCCUCACGGGCGCCGUCUGGAGUCUGGAUGGUGCCAUUGAGAUCCGAAACCAUUUGUCAUGUGCCUUGAGCGAGAAGCAAACGAGUAAGCGUGGAGCUCAGCAGGAGGAGCAGGAAAACAGCAGCAGCUGCGACUCGCCGCCGGCCAGCAAGCGACCAAGGAAUGGGAACUGCAGCUCGGGGGGCUCGUCGGGCUCCUCCGAUUCGAACUCUAAUUCCAGUAGUCCACCCCGGCCGCAGGGCAGUCCCCCGGUGAUCUGUGAGGAUGUGGUGGCCUGCGAGGUUCUGGCGGGUUACAGCGUGGAGCAGUUGACGGAUCUGGCCAGCCACUGCCCUGUUCUAAGCAACAACAACACUCUGGGCGCCAGCGGCGAUGCAGGAGGAGGCGAUGCCGACACCAACAACGCCAAUCGGUGCCCAAUGCAACGUGAUGUGGUCCCCCAUUCGGGUGGCGAUGCAUCAGGAGAUUCAGAUACAUCUUCGAAUGUAAAUCCAACUCCCCAUUGUCCCCUGCAGAUGCCAGUGGGCGUGGACUUUAUGGGCGAGUGCCCGUACGUGAACAAUGAGACGAAAAUCUCAUAUGCCAAGGCCGGCAAAUGUCCAGUGACCCAUGCAACAGCAGCGGCGGCGGGGGCAGUGCCUGCUCAACCGAUUCUACCCACUCCACCGAGCAGUCGGGCCAGCGUUGGCAGCAGCAUCGGUGAUGAGCUGGACAAUGUGGCAACGGUGUCUUCCAAGUGCCCCUUUGCGGCCAUGCACCAGGGCAGUGGCCUCGAGGCGCCGACCAAGGAGACUGGAGCACCCCCAAAGUGUCCGUUCCUCCAGAAGACAGUGCAAAUGUUCGACUACGCAGAUGAGGAGCAGCCCAAGCCGCAGACGGUGCUCAUUGAGGAUGUGGAGAACCUCUUUUGCGGUCUGUACCAGCAUCCAUGCUACAGCCGAUUGGUGUACGAGCGAGCGAAUCUGCUGGGCAAGUCACUCGCCGAGGAGCUGAUCAAAAAGGGCGCACUGGAUGUGAUGAAGAUUGCACAGGCAGAGAUCCAUGGCAAAGUGGGGACCACCCUGACGACAUCCUGAAGGCAGGAGAGCAGGACUCCAUUAUCAUUAUCGUUAUCAUCCUUUACAUUAAGUAGAAAAAGUGUAAUUAGAUAAUAUUGUGUGUUGUUUACAUUUACAUUUUCCAUUAUCAUUUUCAUUGCUAGAGGUAGAGGUUGAAGUUGAGCAGUUCCCCCCACCAAA